CAUCUGAAAACAGAAUUCUCAUCUGCAGACAUCUGCUGUCCUUGUUUGAGGCUAGUUUGGAGCUAUCAAGGCUUGACGCCCCCCACCCUGCAACACCUGAAGUCAAUCUGGGCUUUUUGUGGUCGUUAGCCCUUUUCUUUCGACAAGGCUGCGUGAAGCCAGCAAUCAGUCCUGAGGUUAUCACCUGGGAGUGCUCCGGCAGUGAAUGUGUUAAAUGUUUUCAUCAGAGGAGGAAAAAACCCAAACCAACAACCCAAGAGCCAUACGGUGGAUAUGCAGGAGAAGUUUAUAAAAGAGAGUGACAAGGCUCUGGCGGCUGAGAGGGCGAGCAAGGAGCGGGCUGGACCUUUGGGGAAGCUUUGCCUCUCGAAGGGAAGGCAAUUCUCAGCCCCGGGGGCAGAGCACUGCCGUGAGACCUCCCUCCCCGCAGCGCGGGGCUCCUCCGCUCCUCCUCCCGCAGCGCCGGGCUGCCCCCGGCCCUCUCCCGAGUGCGGGGCUCCUCCGCUCCCCCCGGGGCCGGGCGGACGCCCUCGCAGACGCAGUUGGGCCGGCGCCGGAGCAGCCAUGUCCCCGGGGAAGGUCUGCUGCCUGCUGCUGCUGGCCCUCGGGGUGCUGGCCGUGCUGGUGUCCCUCGCCGUUAUCCUGACUCGGCCCAGGUGCGGUCCUCAGCGCUACCUGCACGGCGCCGUGGCCGCCGACACCGAGACCUGCUCCUCCAUCGGCCGGGACAUCCUGAAGAGUGGAGGCACAGCUGUGGAUGCUGCCAUCGCUGGCUUGGUCUGCACCUCGGUGCUGAACCCCCAGAGCUCGGGCCUGGGUGGUGGGGUCAUAUUCACCAUCUAUAAUGCCAGCACAGGAGCAGUGGAGGUGAUCAAUGCCCGUGAGACGGUGCCGGCAGAGUCCCCUCACAGUCUGCUCCCUGACUGCGCUGCUAAUGCUUUCCACAUCGGUCCCCGCUGGAUCGCGGUGCCAGGAGAGCUGCGUGGCUACGAGGAAGCCCACAGGCGCCACGGCCGCCUGCCCUGGAGAGCCCUCUUUGAGCCAAGCAUCAAGCUCCUCUCGGAGCCACUCGUCAUUUCUCCAGUCAUGGACAAGAUCAUCCACCACCCAAUGUUCUCCAGCCUGGGAAAAAGGCUGUGCCCACUGAUCUGCCACGGCCAAAGGUUUUUGAAGCAGGGAGAGACCUUCUGGUGGCCUGCACUGCAGCAGACCCUGAAGGCUGUCGCGGAGAACGGAGCAGCAGCGUUUUAUGAGGGGCAGAUAGGAAAGGCCCUGGUGGAGGACAUUAGGAAGGCUGGGUCCAGUAUCUCGCUGGAGGACCUCCAGGCAUACAGAGCAGAGGUGUCCACCGCUCUGAACAUUACCCUGGACAAUCACACCACUGUCUUCUCUCCCGGACCGCCCCUGGGAGGGGCUGUGCUCAUGUUCAUCCUCAAGGUAUUGGAAGAGUACAAGCUGCAGGAAGCGUCUCUGGCCACCCCUGAGCAGAAGGUGGAAGCCUUCCACCGCAUUGCUGAGGCCCUGAAGUUUGGCAACUUGCUGAAGGCCCAGAUGAGUGACCCUGCCUUCUCGGGAGCCCAGGGGACUGCGGACACCCUGCUGUCAGAUAGCAUGGCUGAGCUUGCCAGGCAGCGGAUAGACAGCCGUGGGGACCACCCACUCAGCCACUACAACCUGCUGGAGUCUGUCUACAACCAGAGGCACAGAAGCAUGGGCACCAGCCACAUCUCUGUGCUGGCUGCAGAUGGCAGCGCCGUGUCGGCCACCAGCACCAUCAACUACCCGUUUGGCUCCUUUGUGUAUUCCAACCAAACUGGGAUCAUUUUAAACAAUGAACUGGCUGAUUUCUGUGUGGCCAACAGGAGCAUUACACCAGGGGAGAAGCCUCCCUCAGCCAUGGUGCCCUCCAUUCUCAUCUCCAAGACAGGCGACAUGCUGGUGGUCGGGGGAGCAGGAGGGGCCUGGAUCAUCAGUGCUACUGCCAUGGCCAUCAUAAACAAGCUGUGGUUUGGCUACGACCUGGAGGAUGCCAUCGCAGCUCCUGUCAUGCAUGCUGAGGGUGACACUAUCCUCUUUGAGGAACGCUUCAGUGAGGAGGUGAAGGCUGGCCUGCUGGAAAGAGGACAUAAAGGAAAGAAACCUCACCUUGCAAUGAAUGUUGUGCAGGGAGUUUCCAGGGAAGGGAAAUGCAUCUCUGCCUACUCUGAUAAGAGGAAGAUGGGGAAAUCAGCUGGAUACUAGCACAAACAGCCAUCACAGCUCACAAAUCCAUGGGCGAGGAGGAGAUCCAGAACAUGCUUUGGCUUGGACAUGCCAAUGUUGCCUGUUCCCAGAUGCCUCCUAGAGCAUGGGCAAAGCUGGGAAUUACCCUGCAGGCUGCAAGCCACCUCCAGCCCCUCCAAGGACAGGUCAGCCUGUUUAGAGCUGCACACUCUGACUUCUCUGAGGAACACAUUUCUUGAGCACGUCAGCUAAUGAGGAUCAGGUAACACAACGUGGGAGAGUGCUCCAAACCCCACUGGGAACACUGUGAAAUGGCUGAGCUGCAGCUUCUGCUCCUGCUGGCAGGACUGCUGAGAGCAGAACUGGUUUCUGGGGCACUGUUGUCACACUAAGCUGGUCACCGGGGCCCGGUGCUGUGAAAUAAGGCACCAGAGGGUGGUGAGGAUCAGAAGUGGUGUCUGUACAGUCAGGACUUUAAGCCCUUAAGCUACUGGGCUGUGAGCUUAGGCUGGCAGAGGGAAGAGAGCAAAUCUCCUCACUCCUCCUCUGGGUUUUCCCAGCUCAAGAAGCCCUGCUUCUCCCAAAGGUGGCAGAUGAAGUCAGUGCACCAGAGCAGAGUCUGCUGCCCCACUCCGCUCUCUCUGCCUGGGGGCUGCAGAGGACCCCACAGCUCAGAGGACCUGCACCACCACCCCUCUGCCUUCACUUGCAGUGUGAUCUUGAGCUGAGUGCAGCUGCCUGGAGCCAGGCAUCUGUUCUCCAGCAGUUGUGUCCCAAGGCUGCAGCCUGCCCACUGCUGUGCCAGAGCUUAAUGCAGGAGGGUUCCUAAGUUCCAAGGUCAGUACCACAAGCCCUUAGUCAUGCCUCUGGAAGGCAAUCUGCUGAGGUGCUCUGCUUGGCCUCACCUCAGCUACCAGCUACUGCUUCUGGGUGUCAGCAGUAACUCACCAGCUGCAGAACUGUCACGGGAAGCACUCAGGGGCACCAGGCCUCAGCUGCAGCUCAUUCCAGGACCAGAUGGCCUACCCAGCAGUGCCACAGCAGUUCCCCACCAUGCAGACAUGGAAAUAGCACCUGCAGGCCACCACUCACUGCCAUUUCAUUGCUGCUAGCAUUGAUACGGAGCCAACUACACAGCUUUAACCCUAUCAUAGCUUUAAUUUGCAAGGGAGACAGGACAAGAGUGCAGAGCUCUGCCCACAGCAGUCCUGUGGGGGUCUUACUAGCAAACCAUUUGGUGAAGCUGCAGGACUGCACCUCCCUUAGCACUGCUGCUGGCUUGCCAGAGCCUCCCACUUGGAUCCGUUCCCAGCCAUCGCCAUGCCAACAGAGCACUGUUUGUGUAGCUGGAGCUGGCCUGCUGAAGCAUCACUGCACUGAGCCUGCUCCAGUUCGCUGAGGAAGUCUUUAAAUUAUACUGCUAAUAAAGUGUUUUUAAGCCUG